ACAAGUCAAGAACUGCUCUCUUAGAAAGGCUCGCUAACAGCCCGGUCCGUGGCUGGUGUUCUAGUCAUGUCCCUCAAGCCCACCAUCUCCGGGGAGACCCCCAGCCCUAGUCAAGGCAGCGCGCUGCUCUUCCUGUUCCCGCUGACGGUGCAAGUCUUUUUUGCUGCUGCCACUUACAUCUACUUAUCUUACGAGCUGGAACAGCUACAAGAUUCAAAUUCUCAGAGCGGCCUGGCAUGCCUGACAAAGGAAUACUUGAGAGCUACAAUGGGUAAUGGAGACCACAGUGGUAAUGCAGAGCAAGUAGACCUCUUCUGCCAGCAGUUCAAGUGGCAACUCCAGCAGCUAAUUAAAAAGGAGCUUUGGACACUCUAUGAGGAUUCUUCUAUAAGGCAAGGUAAGGGGUGGAAUAACUCUUCAGGAACCAGAGAAGAGUUUAAUCAGACUGCCAUCCAGAGAGUAGCAGCUCAUCUGACUGGAAAUAGGCAGAUGAGUUCUGCCUUUUCUAGAAGUUCAUUGCUUGGAAAAGCUCUUGGUUGGAAAAUCAACUACUGGGAAUCUUCAAGGAAAGGACAUUCAUUCCUACAAAAUGUGGACUUUUUGGAUGGUGAGAUCAUCAUCUCCCAAACUGGGUAUUAUUAUAUCUAUUCCCAAACCUACUUUCGAUUCCAGGAAUUGGAAGGAAGUUCUGUGUCAACUUUGAAUGAAGAGAGGGAUAAAGAACCCAAACAACUGGUCCAAUAUAUUUACAAAGUGACAAGUUACCCAGAACCCAUCCUUCUCUUGAAAAGUGCAAAGACUAGCUGUUGGUCUAAAAACACAGAAUAUGGACUCUACUCUAUCUAUCAAGGUGGAGUGUUUGAGCUCAGGGAGAAUGAGAGAAUCUUUGUCUCUGUCAGCAAUGAAAAACUGGUUGAUUUGGACAAAGAAGCUAGUUUUUUUGGUGCUUUUCUAGUUGGUUGAAUAUUUAUUUAUUUCAUUAAAAAAAAAGUAGGGGGCAGCUAGGUGGCACAGUGGAUAAAAGCACCGGCCCUGGGUUCAAGAGGACCUGAGUUCAAAUCUGACCUCAUACACUUGAUACUCACUAGCUGCGUGACCCUGGGCAAGUCACUUAAGCCUCAUUGCCCUGCCAAAAAAAAAAAGUAGCCACCCCUACCAUUUUACCUGCUCUAUGGGACAAAGCAACAACAGAAUUUCUGGACAAUAAUCCUAUUACCAAUGAGAUCUGUCAGUCAUCUGAUAAAUACACAUUUAUUUUUAUUUUUAUUUUUUUAAUUAAUAAA